AUGGCCGACUCGUCGCGUACUACUCCAUCCCAGGCUCUCUCAAGCUUCUUUUACACAAACUCUAUGUUAGCACCUACGUGCAUUCUGUUCAUGAGUAUUGUUAUAAUGAUAAUUUUCUCCACGUCAAAAUCAGUUCCAAAACCACGUCCAGUUGUUUGGGGAACGGAAGCAAUUAUGACCUUCAUAAGCAUGCUUUUUACGUUUCUUGUUUGGUUCCUUGUACAUUACAACAGACGCAGAUAUUUAAGAGGGCAAGUAAGAGACGACGUGUCCAAGAAUGUUAAGCUCGUUUUCCUUUGGAUAUUUGGUCUUGGCAACAUUCUUAAUUCUGGAAUUAACAUGGCUAUCAAUAUUGACUGUUUGAUUUUUGGUGGCCCCCAGCCAUUUGAGGGUGAGCAAAUUACAAGUAUUCUUUGUCAUGUAACUGAGAUAUUUUUCUGUGUUGGGCAGUUGGGAUUUCUAAGUCUUUAUGGAUCGUAUAGAUUUAAAUCAUCGUCUCUAAUUAAUUAUGGAAUAUCUUUCAUGGUCAUAGCUCAUCUUCUUCGAUGGUGUAGAACUUUCUUUGAUUCAAUUUUGGAAGAAGGCAAGCCAUCUUUUUCAAAUAAAACGUUUGUGGAUGACUGCUUUUAUAAUUCCACCAUAGUUUCCAUUCGACAUAUGUUUAAUCCAUACAUCGGACCUAUUAUCAGUGAAUACUGUUUACUAUCUGUUGCCAUAGCUAUUAAAAUGUUUAUUACAUUUGACUUUGGCUCGUGUAUGCAAACGGAAGAAGCGACAAUGAGAUUUCUGACAGCAAUAGAAAUGUAUGAACUUUACAAAAAGACCGAUAUUUACAGAUAA